AUGAAUUAUAUGGCUGCCGGAAUUCUACUGCUAGCAAUCCAUUCAGCUCUUGGAGAGAGUGGAGCAUCACCGUUUGAUGAAGAGAAUGAAGAAUUCAAGGCAGACUUUGAAUGCGUCUCCACUGUGACACUACAACUUACUGAACUUACCUGCUAUUUGCCGAACGCGUUAGAUACGGAUUCUGGAAAUGUUGAUAUUUAUGUAUGUGACAGUGAACAGCACAUCGGUGACCAAAAUGAACCAUGCCCAAAGAUGACGAGGACAGCAAAUGGUUAUAAAUUAGCUGACGUUUACGAAACCGAGGAAUACACUGUUUGCGUUGGAAAGAAUAUGUGCAAGAAUGUCAAAAUAAAGGACAUUGUUCUGGCUGACCCUCCAUUCAACUUAACUGUUGCUUACAAUAAACAGGAGAAUGAGUAUAAAAUUGCAUUUAAAGAGCCUUAUAGUAAAAUGGAACUAUUAGGGGACAAUUUACAGUAUGAGAUAAUUCUGAGGAAGGAAGAUGAGGAAUGGCCAGAGUGCAACCAAGAGGAAAUACUUAAGAAGAUGUGCAUACAGACGCCUUACAAUGAAGUGCUCAUCCCGGGCAAAAAACUGGAAUCCGUGACAAAAUAUGCAGCAAAAGUUCGAACGAGGCCAAAUAGAAGUUUUUUUAAUGGUCCGUGGAGUUCAUGGUGUGCAGCGUCCGUCUUUGAAACCAGCUCAACAAAUACCCAGCAAGCCGCAGAUGGAAGAAUUCUAAUAACAAUCUUGGUCAUUACUGGCAGUGUAAUUUUUAUCAUAUUCAUUAUAUCAAUUAUAUUUUGGAAAAGGAGAAUAAAACCACUGCUCUGGCCAGAAAUUCCAGACCAUAAGAAAACAUUGGAAAAAUUCAGCAAAAAUGCAAUCAAGCAGCACUACAUAACUUUCAACCCAGAUCUUUAUGAGGAUACGGUCAUUAAUAGAGUGGAGGACAUUCAAGUAAAAGAGUUAGAGGAAGAACCUACCGAUUCGCCUCCAGGUGAAGAAGAGACAUUUUUUCCAUGUCAUACCGAAGACAUACAAUCUGGAAAAGAUUCUCGUGUUACAGCUUGUGAGACCUCCCAACUACCAACUGCGAAGACCACAGUGCUCUUCUCGGAGAAUGAUGGACCGCAGCGUAACGUUCCUUUGGAUCACAUACCUGACGUGGAGACGCACAGGGCCAUUCCUGCAGCUACUCCUGAUGUCCCACAAACCUGUGCAGGAGGUAUUGACCGCUGCAAUCCCCGGGAUAGUAUUACCACAGCAUUGUCACCUCACACGAUGGAAAACCGUCCUUCAUCAGAUGAUGCAAGAGAGACACCUGGUGGAUUCAAAGUGUUUCCCUGGGAAGAAGCCUACGUUGCAAUGUCUGCAUUUAAGACACCCGUCAGCUCUGCCAACUAA